AUGGAAAAAGCAAAGAAAAGAAGCAAUAUAAGAAGAGAAAAGGCGAGGAGAAAAGGGGGAAAAGGGAGAUCAGGGACCCCUGGUCCAAAGGAAGGGAAUGGACUUCGAGGUCCUAGUGGAGAUGGUGGACCUGAUGGUCCACCUGGAGAAACAGGAGCUCACGGUGCAGUUGGCCAACCAGGACAACCUGGCCGUGAGGGCUCUAGAGGUGACAAUGGUAAUCCUGGUAAUCCAGGUCCAGUUGGAGAUCCUGUUGAACCUGGUUUAAAGGGGGUUAAAGGAGCAGAUGGACCUGCCGGACUACGGGGCCCUGCUGGAGAUGAUGGUUCCCCUGGUGAAGGCGGUGUUGAUGGUGAAGCUGGUCUUCCUGGUAACAGAGGUCGCCAGGGAGUGCAAGGUUCAAAGGAUGCUCGUGGAGAAGCUACUGGAGAAGUUGGUGAAGUUGGAGAAGAGGGUGCUGAAGGUGAUGCUGACACGGCCCAUUCGAUUUGCGGAAAAAGGUACCUAAAACAGUGCACAGCCCGCAAUUUAAGCGAUGGUCGCGAUACUGGAGAAAUAAUGACUUGCAAUUUUACAAAAACCUUCGCCCGUACGUCUCUUCGUUUGACAUAUGAAGGGGAUAUGAGAUUUGUCACGUGCCAAGGUGCGUGCUGUGGACGUUGGUAUUUGACGAUCAAUGGAAAAGAAUGCUCAUCACCAGCACAAAUUGACGCUGUGAUCUACUCGAGUGGUCUCAAAGAUCUCAACCUUCAUCGUCCUGGUGUAGUGGAUGGUUUGUGUGAUGGAAUACCUAAAGGACCCCUUACUGUCGGUCUUUCAGUCGGCAAAUGUGCCGGAUUUCCCGGAGGAAAUGCUUUUACGUGCUUUGGUUCCACAUGUCGCAUUCUCGUCGAAGAAAUUCUUGUUUAUUGAGUCAUCCGAUACCUCUUUCUUUUGUCUUUUGAGAGCUGUUUGCAUUUUACUUUGUAAGCCUCAUAAUUAUUCAUAUAUUGGGUAGAGUUAGUUUUCAGUAUACAUGUCGUUGUUAUAGCUGAUUGUAACACAACGUUUUAUCAAUAAAACAUUUUUUUCUUUAUAA